GCUCCAGCUGAUCCAUCUCGACAAAAGACAGAUCAUGAGCAAAGACUCGCAGAUGAGGGCUGCAAUAAACCAGAAGCUGAUAGAAAUGGGGGAACGGGAGCGGUUGAAAGAACUGCUCAGGGCAAAGCUGGUGGAGUGUGGCUGGAAGGAUCAGCUGAAAGCACACUGCAAAGAUGUGAUCAAAGAAAAGGGCCUGGAGCAUGUCACAGUGGAGGACCUGGUCACAGAAGUCACACCAAAAGGCAGAGCACUCGUACCAGACAGCGUGAAGAAAGAGCUCCUGCAGAGAAUCAGAGCUUUUCUAGCUCAACACGCAACCUUGUGAAUGAGACGAUUCCCGUCUAGACAUUUUUUUACUCGCUGUAGAUCCACGAUUGAAAUCCAAACCGAUCUUUGUUCUCAUUGUGAGCAAUGCUGAAGUGUUAUUUUUAUUUUGUAUUGUGUGUUUUCAUAUUGAUUUUAGUUUGUUAUGCAGCAGUUUUGGAAAAAAAACAAAUAAAGUCAUGCCUAUUUUGGUCA